AUGUUAACCCUACGAAGACACUUGUUCAAAGGCAGGUUGCAAAAAGCUCUUGAACCGCCACCUCCAAGCCACUAUGAAUACUCAAUCUCACCAAAGACUUACAACUUCAAGGUUCCCUCCACAAAACAAACGCUCAACCCGAUACAACUCAUAUAUCAAAAAGCAGUCAAUUUUCCAUUCGAAAAAUCAAAUGAAGAGGUGUACAAUUCAUACCCCAAGGUUAAUGCAUCACAGUUGCUCGAUAGAAAGACGAGACCGAAAGGAGUUCUGAUGAGCACUGCCGAUUUUAUAGAGGAUCUGUUGUACAACAAACAUUACGGAUACUUUGCGAAGGAAGCAGAAAUCUACCACCCGGACAAACCAUUCAACUACCCGGAUGUCAAAGACAUUGAUGGGUUUAUGGAGGCUUGGGGAGAAUCUUAUUCAAAGUAUAAUCAAGACGAGCCCAAACCGCUUCAGUUGUGGCAUACCCCAACUGAGUUGUUCAAUCCUUUUUAUGGGGAGAGUUUGGCACGUUAUAUUUUAUUCAACUACAAGAUCAAUGGCAACUACCCAUACGAGGAUUUAAUCAUAUAUGAAAUGGGAGGGGGAAAUGGAACGCUAAUGUGCAACAUCCUCAACUAUAUCAAAAAGCACGAGCCCCAAAUAUACGCUAAAACCCAGUACAAAAUCAUUGAGAUAUCAAGCCAACUUGCAAAAAAGCAAAAAGCAUCUUACAGCAACAAGCUAAGGAAUGAGGGGUUGGAUUCAGAUCUCCUAGAAAUUCACAAUGUAUCUAUAUUUGAAUGGAAAGAGGUGGUCAACGAACCCUGUUUCUUUAUUGCCUUGGAAGUGUUUGAUAAUUUUGCACACGACAUGAUUGCAUACGAUAUGAACACGGGAGAGCCAAUGGAGGGCAAAGUGCUUAUUGACAAGAAAGGCGACUUUUACCAAUUCUUCACACGCGAGUUGAGCCCGUACACAAAUGCCUAUUUACAACUUCGUGAACAUGGCGACUUCUCAGUGCUAAAGUACCAAUCCACGGUUAGGGGAAAACUAGACGGAUUAAAGAGCUUCUACAAAUCAGUGCACCCACUACUAGAAUCCUCAACCAAGCUCAAAGUAAAGCAAAUGAUAUUUCCAUUCAACGAUGAAUUGUCGACCCCAGAAUACAUACCAACAAGGCUUCUUCAAUUCUUUCAAAUUUUAAAACACAAAUUUCCCAAUCAUUCCUUGAUCAGCUCAGACUUUCACUACUUGCCCAACACUAUUAAAGGGUUCAAUGCUCCUGUAGUGCAAACAAUGCUAAAGAAAGAAAUGGUGGAUGUCAGAACCUACAUGGUGCAACAGGGGUAUUUCGAUAUAAUGUUUGCAACCGACUUUGAAAUUGCCAACGACAUGUAUCAAAGGAUAACAGGAAAAAAGUCACAAAUAAACACGCAUAGAGGUUUCCUAGAGCAAUGGGCGGAUAUCGAAGCUACAACAACAAAGAACGGAGAGAAUCCAAUGUUGGAUUUUUACAGAAAUGUAAGUUUUUUAACUAGUUAG